AUGUCGUCGUCGGGUGAUUUUGGUAACCCGUUGCGGAAAUUCAAGCUUGUGUUUCUUGGUGAACAAAGUGUUGGAAAAACUUCACUUAUAACACGGUUCAUGUAUGACAGUUUUGACAAUACUUAUCAGGCUACGAUAGGAAUAGACUUCUUGAGUAAAACGAUGUACUUGGAGGACAGAACAGUUAGACUGCAAUUAUGGGACACCGCGGGUCAGGAAAGAUUCCGUUCGCUGAUCCCAAGUUACAUUAGGGAUUCAACGGUCGCCGUUGUAGUUUAUGAUAUCACCAACGCGAAUUCAUUUCAUCAAACAUCCAAGUGGAUUGAUGACGUGCGGACAGAGCGGGGCAGUGAUGUUAUUAUCAUGCUUGUUGGCAACAAGACGGAUUUAAGUGACAAACGGCAAGUUUCUACUGAAGAUGGUGAACGUAAAGCUAAGGAAUUAAAUGUUAUGUUCAUCGAAACUAGUGCUAAGGCAGGAUAUAAUGUUAAGCAGUUAUUUAGAAGAGUUGCCGCCGCUCUACCUGGCAUGGAUUCCACUGAGAAUAAACCUCCAGAAGACAUGCAAGAAGUAGUUCUCAAGGACACACCAAUUGAGCUCAAAGCCUCCGAGAGCAAUUGUUUAUGCUAA